AACCUAACCCAAACCCUACCCCAUUUGAUUUCAGCUCUCACUCUCUGUGUCUUCGUUUCCUUACUCAUCGUCGCAUCUAAGCUCGCUCACGACGAAGCCUAGCUUGGCACUCCAACAACCAGGUUUUUCUCAUCAUAUAGAAAACACAAUGAAUCUUGCAGCAUCAAUAUGCUGUAGAUUGGGUGUCAAGCACCUGGUUUCGAAUACUCCUGUGUACAGCAGAGCUUCUGAUGUCACGGCAGAAGGAUUGAGUUUGACAUUUAGGCGCUGGGCUACUAAAAAAUCUGCUGGAUCCACAAAGAAUGGCCGAGACUCAAAUCCUAAGUUUCUUGGAGUGAAGAAAUUUGGUGGAGAGAGAGUGAUACCUGGAAACAUCAUUGUUCGCCAGAGGGGCACCCGAUUUCAUCCUGGAAAUUAUGUUGGCUUAGGGAAGGAUCACACCCUUUUUGCUCUGAAAGAAGGCUGUGUAAAAUUUGAACACCACAAGCUCAGUGGACGCAAGUGGGUGCAUGUCGUGCCCAAGGAAGGUCACAUGCUUCACCCUGUCUAUGCAGAUGUUGCAACCACUUAGUUGUAGACAAUGUCAUACGACCUUGUAAGUUUGUUUUAGAUCUUUUUUAAGUUCAAACCUUUUCCCGGGUUGAUGAUUACAAUAACAAAAGCUUUGUUAUGCCAAAAGUCAACAGGUUUCUGUAAAUCAGAAACUCCGGAUCUUAGGCGAAGGAAUGUUCAUCUCACUUUUACCUGGAUUAUGGCUUUAUAGCACUAAGGUCAUUCUGUUUCUAGUUUGGCCUUUUCACUGGUUUCAGUUUCGUUGCAA